AUGGGAUCAGCGACCCCGUUGGAGGAUGUCAUUCGCGCCAAGAUUAUGGCGGCGCUCAACCCGCUGACGCUGGAAAUCUACAACGACUCCCACCUUCAUUCUCACCACAAGGCCAUGCAGGGCAGCAUCUCCAAGGAGACGCACUUUCGCCUCGUCAUCACAUCGGACGCCUUCAACUCCAAGAUGCAGCCCGCCCGCCACCGGAUGAUUUAUGCUCUUCUGCGCGACGAAAUGGCUCAGGAGGGCGGCAUCCACGCCCUUCAGCUCCGCACCCUCACCCCCGAGGAGGAGGCCCGGCAGCAGAAGAAGCUCGAGGACGAGCCCGCCGCCAAGGAAGCCGAAGCCGUCGCCAACGAGAGUGCGUGA